ACCGGAGCACAAACCACAGAACCUAACGGCAUGUGCCGACGUCUGUUGAUUAUUUAACCUCACCAGUUAUGCAACACACAUGUGGUUGGCCUGGGGGAGCCGCUUCAAAAAUCAUGGCACCAUUCCAGCUGCAACUAACCACCUCGAGCGAGAAUUGAGGUUGCGAAUGUGUCCAUAGUAAUUCCGUAUUUGCUUGUGCGCAAAUGAACACCCGUUGCCGUCCAUGAUUACAUUGAUUACGUACAUCCUCCAGUGCUUCGCUCUCACUGCCACAGAACGCCGCUGAAGAGCCAGGAGCGAUACACAAUUGCGGAAGAUUUUGCUCUUCCGGCGCACAUACUUCAUUACGGGUCCGAAUUUCAGGUCAUUCAAAGCCCGUAUGCCUACACCUCCCAGUCAACCCAAUGGUACACCCUCCAAGCGGAACAAAGGCCUUCGUGGCAGACCCCAAGAGCCGCUUGAAGUCCGGAUCUCUAAAACCCUCUCCUAUAUUUUACGCCAUGGUGCUGAGAAGGAAGGGUUGAAGUUGAGACCUGACGGAUACAUGAAGGUAUCUGAAAUUUUGGCCUGCCCCAAGCUACAAGGCGUGGAGUUCAUUCAGAUUCAGUCGAUCGUAGAAACAAAUGACAAAAAGCGCUUUCAUCUCAUGCACGAGCCAAUCAAUGGCGAAUCCGCUGAUCCUCUCAUCGCCACCGGGUGGUGGAUUCGAGCCAACCAAGGACAUUCUCUUCAGAAAUUUCGACAGGUUGAGGAUUUGGAACUGGUGGAGAUCAAAACGCCAGAAGAGGUACCAAUUGCUAUUCAUGGAACUAAUCCUGAGGCAUGGGAAUCCAUCUCUCUUGAAGGUUUGUCACGAAUGAAGCGGAGUCACAUUCAUCUUUCUGCGGGACUUUUGGGGACUGAAGGGGUCAUCAGUGGCAUGCGCAAGAACUCUGAAGUCCUGAUUUACAUUGACAUCGAAACUGCUAUGUGCAAAGGAGGAUUGAAGUUCUUCCGCUCAGCUAAUGGCGUCAUCCUCACCACAGGCGAUGAAAAAGGCUUCAUAGCUCCUUCAUACUUCAAAAGGGUCGAAUUCGCAGGGCGGCCUGGAGGUGAUGCACCAAAGGAAUCAAACUGA